AAUCGACAAGACACCGUACUGUAUUUUAUUACAACAUAAGAUCAACUACACAUUUGUUUUUGAUCAUUAGUCAUUGUUUGCGCAUCAGUGGAGAUUUUCUGUGAUUUAUGAUCAUGUAUAGCUCAAAGAAGCUCAAGGCACCUGAACACCAAGUUGCUGGCCACUCUGCUAAAGAAGGGAGGCUUGGUCCACUCGUAGACGGGGAAGGCCGAUUCUUCAAGCCAUUUCAACGUGAUUUUCGUGGGAAAAACGAGGAUACGUUUUACGAGUUCUUCUCGUCGAACAAGAAUGCUCCAAAUCAUAUCCAUGGAUAUUUCCCUUCGUAUCAGGGCACUCAAGUAGUCGAAGCAUCUAACGGAUCUGGUAAGCUUCCACACAUUGUUCUUGAAGAUGUUGUUACGGGUUACCUAAAGCCGUCGAUAAUGGAUAUCAAGAUUGGAUCUAGAACAUGGUACCCUAAUAUAUCCCAAGAGUAUUUCAAAAAAUGCAUGGGGAAAGAUAGAGGGACCACUUCGGUUUCCUUGGGGUUUAGGAUUUCGGGUUUUAAGAUUUUUGACCAUGAAGAAUCGAGUUACUGGAUGCCGGAUAAGAAGGUUGUUCAUGGAUACAAUGUCGAUGAGGCUAGACUGGCUCUGAGGAAGUUUGUGUCAUCUAACUCGCUAGCUGACUCGAUACCAGACUGUGCAUUUGCCUCGGAAAUUUAUGGUGGUCCUAACGGGAUCUUAGCGCAGUUGUUAGAGCUAAAGGCUUGGUUUGAAACUCAAACGCUUUACCAUCUCUACUCUAGCUCGGUUUUGAUGUUUUAUGAGAACGAAUCUGUUUUGAUGAAAGGAGGGGAUGAUGCGCGUGCACGAGUAAAGCUGAUUGAUUUUGCGCAUUCUUUUGAUGGAAGCGGUGUCAUCGACCAUAACUUCUUGGGAGGACUCUGUUCUUUCAUAAAAUUGAUCCAAGAUAUACUUGAGAGCUCGGACAACAACAAUGAAACCAACAUUUUCCAGUUUAAAAAUGGGCACUAGGGAUCGCCCGUGUGUUACUUCUCACUCUGUUUCCAAAUAAUAUUGAGUCUUUCCUUCGUUCCUUAAGCUAUGUGUUGUUUGAACAUAAACCUUUUGUCCCCUUGAGUUGUACAAUAAUUUGCUAUACCUUCCGAACCAAACUAUUGUAUUGUAACGUUUCAUUUGAGGAAUAAGGAAAUUUCCAUGGUUUAAAGAAA